AUGGGUGAUCUCAGCGCGUCCGAUAGUACAUGGAAGAAAAUGGUGAUAGCGAAGUGUAAUAACAAAUGGAUGACCACAAUGAAAAAUAAAUUCGAGUCUUUUCCUCCCGAGAACACUAGUAAUUUAUCUUUGGGCGAGGAGUCGUAUGCAUUUGGAUCUGUUAAAGAGGAAAACGAUACGACUAACGUCGAAGUUUAUGGUUCAGAAGAACAAUCUCGCUCAGAACCUAUACAAGAAGAGGAUCCGCUUCUCAUCGAGAAUAAGGGUCGCAGGAGGAAUUCAGUUACUAAACCAGAGACUCCAGAAGAGAGAACAGCAAGAUUGGCAAAAAUGUCCGCGUAUGCAGCUAAGAGGUUGGCUAACGAAACCCCAGAACAACGUUCAUUUAGACUUAAGCGAAUGUCAGAAUAUGCGGCCAAACGUUUAGCUCAGGAAACUAGUGAGCAGAGGGCCAAGCGAUUAGCUCGUAUGUCAGCAUAUGCUGCUAAACGGCUUGCCAGCGAAUCUCCGGAGCAGCGUCAAGCGAGGCUGACACGAAUGUCGGCAUACGCGGCUCGAAGACAAGCUAUGAAAAAAACAGGCUCCACCUCAACCAAAAACGUCCAUCCCUCAAAUGAUAUAAGUUCUAACAAUAUAGAUACUCAUUUUAUGCCCGAUUCCUUUAGUUAG